AUCCAUACGCUAGCUCUGCUUGGCUUUGAGUAAUUCUAUUUGUAUAUAUAGGAAGUGGAAAGUUGAAUGAAAGUAGCAGUGUGGUGAAGUGGCUUUCCUGAGUUGGAGAUCACAUUGUGGUGUACAUUCUGAGAUGCAGCUGACUUUGGCUCAACCAUGCUCCUUGAUCCGUCUGUUGCUACUACUGACAAAUCUGUUCUUUUGGAAACAUGUGUCCUCAGAACCAAAUGUCCUGUCCACUGCUGAGCUGUAUGAUCAUGCGCUUGAACAGGCUCACUCCAACUCUGACACAUCUCUAGAUAUAUACCAUGAGUUUAAUGUAAAGUUUGCCAAAGCAAGUUGGUUAAAUGACAGGUUGCCCACCGUGUGCCACACUGCUUCCAUCUGGACUCCAACGAACAUUAAGCAAUUCCAUGAAACAAAAGCAGAAGACAUUCUGAAAGCAGUCAUUAGUAUCUCCCGUGCCUGGGACUAUCCCCUGUUACAUCUGGUACUUCGCACGGCUUUUCUCCCCAAAGCGUCUAAUAAUAUGCUGCAAAGAACAAAUGAUCUAAAGAAUGGAAUUAUAAUACUUCUGGAGGACCUUGAGAUCAUACUCAGCAGGAUGAAGCCUGGGGCUAUAGAAAAUGACUAUCCUCACUGGUCAGGACUGAGAGAAUUCCAGUCAUCUGAUGAAGACACUCAACUUUUCGCUAUGUAUAAUCUGUUACGAUGCCUGCAAAGAGACACUCAAAAGGUUGAAAGUUACCUCAAGGCCCUGAAGUACCAAGUCAUCUUUAAGAAUAACUAUUAA